UCAGUUUUGUGCUAAUUCUAAAUGAGCUAGCCCGCGACUUCUGUAAUCUGUUCUAUUAUCAGUUCUUAUCAAGCAAUAUCAGCCGUUAAUAAAUGCGUGUUAGUGUCAAUUCCGUGAUAGUUAGGGGAUAUCGCUAAACAGCAGGACGAAUAGUAAAAUGGCGGAGGAACCACAAGUGAUUGGUAUCAUCAGACUGAUCGUAGAGAUCAUCUGGACACACAUCAGAUUGAAUUUUGAAGUCUUAAGAUCCAUUUACAACUUCUUCCUACCACGAGAGCCCAAAGAUGUGUCCGAAGAUAUUGUCUUGAUCACAGGCGCUGGUCAUGGAAUGGGAAAAGAAGUAGCACUGAGGCUGGGCAGGCUUGGAGCCAAGAUCGUAUGUGUGGACAUCAAUCCGAAGGGGAAUGAAGAGACUGUGAACAUGAUUAAAGAAGAAAAAGGAUCCGCUUACAAAUAUGAGUGUGAUGUCACCAACCGCGAAGCAGUAUUCGCCCUAGCGAACAAGGUCCAGAAGGAGGUCGGUGAGGUGACCAUCCUCGUCAACAACGCUGGCAUCAUGCCCUGCAAACCUUUGCUCAGGCAAACGGAGAAGGAAAUCAGAACCAUGAUGGACAUCAACGUCCAUGGCGUGCUUUGGAUGAUCCAAGCGUUCCUCCCCAGCAUGCUGGAACGUAACCAAGGUCACAUUGUCUCCAUGGCGUCAAUGGCCGGCAUCAUGGGACUCUCCAACAUAGUGCCGUACUGCGGCUCCAAGUACGCCGUGAGAGGCAUCAUGGAGGCCUUGUAUGUGGAACUGCAUGAAGACAAGUCCAGGGAUACAGAUGGAAUCAAGUUGACCACGAUUUGCCCGACAAUAGUAAACACGGGACUCUGCAAGAAGCCGCGCUCGCGUUUCCCGAAGGUGAUGCGGGUGGUGGAGCCCGAGGAAGCCGCAGACCAGAUCGUGGACGCCAUUAGGAGGGAGUACCUCGAAAUCACCGUGCCCAGCGAAUUGUACUACAUUAGCAAGUUAUACCGAGCGAUACCAUAUAAAGCUGCAAUAGUUGCCAACGAUUUCAUUGGAACUGGAGUGGAUCCCCAUGAUUAGAUAAGUUUUAAUGUUAUAUAAAUAAUAUUAAGAACAAUUUUAAAAAUAAGGAUAAUAUCUACAUAUUUAUGGGAAUUACUAGCUGUGCCCGCGACUUCGUCCGCGUGGAAUAGUUUUUUGGGCAUCAUAUUUAUUUUUGCAAACAUCCUCCUCGGCUUUGGCUUGGGGCGGUCAGGCGGUCACGCGUAUUAGAAAGAACGCUGGUUCGCCGUAUUAAAUGUUUCGCUGCAAAUUGCUUAUCACGACUAUAUCUCAAAACCUAUUCGUCUGAUUUAUAUACUGUAAAUGGCAAUUUUAGUCUACAUGAAAAGCCGAAAGUAAUAAACAUAUUUAUUUGGAUAAGGAUUAAUACUGAAUUAAAGAAAAUUGGUUUCAAAAUAACUUAUGUUUAUUAUGAAAAAAUAAUCUAAAAAAAUGAACAUAAAAGCGGUUGAUGUAAGUAAACCUUAAGAGAUAGAUAUAUGCUCUCGCGGACUUUUUUGUGGCAAAAAAUGAGUACUUCACAUCUUUAGUACAUUGUUUUACUAUAUCUUUGUUGGUUAGCGCAGCGUUCACGUGGGAAGCUCGCAGAUGGCCGACUCAUUCAACUUUCACCUGCAUUGUUGACGUUUCCAGUAGGAAAUUCGGGAUAAAAUGUAGCCUAUAGCCUUCCUCGAUAAAUAGACUAUCUAACAGUGAAAGAAUUAUUCUAAUCGGUUCAGUAGUUUCUGAGAUUAGCGCGUUUAAACAAACAAACAAACAAACAAAACAAACUCUUCAGCUUUAUAAUAUUAGUAUAGAUAAGUAUUUAUUUUAUUAAUAAUUCCUAAAUAAGGAUCUUGUUGAUUACGAACUAAAAUUAAAUUUAGAAACAGCAUAGCAUCAACUUGCGUUGUGUAUGGAGAAUCAUUGAUAAAAUAAAUAUUUAUAGUUAAUAUAGUAUGCAUUUAUAUUUUAAUGUCACAAUAAACUCAAUUCAUUCAAA